ACCAAAGCUAGCCUCCGCUCCCUCCCCUUCCAGCUUCGUCUAGACAGAGUCCAGCAGACACGGCCAACAGUUAAAACCGGUUGCUAUUAGUACGCGCCCGCCACCACGCUCGCACAGACACACACACACACACACACACACACACUCAACAGCAACAGCUAAGCCUCUCCCACAAGACAGCAACAUGGCUGAGGAGGAGGCCAAGAAGGUGGAGGUGGAGGUCACCAAGGAGCCCGAGGCGGCGGCGAAGGAGGACGUAGCCGAUGACAAGGCCGUCAUCCCCGCGACCGACCCGCCGCCGCCGCCGCCGCCGGCCGACGACUCCAAGGCCCUGGCCAUCGUCGAGAAAGUUGCAGAUGAACCUGCUCCCGAGAAGCCUGCCCCUGCGAAGCAAGGGGGCUCCAAUGACAGGGAUCUCGCUCUUGCAAGGGUGGAAACAGAGAAGAGGAACUCUUUGAUCAAAGCUUGGGAAGAGAAUGAGAAGACAAAAGCUGAGAACAAGGCUGCUAAGAAAGUAUCCGCUAUUCUUUCAUGGGAAAACACAAAGAAAGCAAACAUAGAAGCUGAACUGAAGAAGAUUGAGGAACAACUGGAAAAGAAGAAGGCUGAAUAUGCAGAGAAGAUGAAGAACAAGGUUGCAAUGAUACACAAGGAAGCCGAAGAGAAGCGAGCGAUGGUGGAGGCAAAACGCGGUGAGGAGGUCCUGAAGGCCGAGGAGAUGGCUGCCAAGUACCGGGCCACCGGCCACGCUCCUAAGAAGCUCAUCGGUUGCUUCGGAGCCUAAGAAACCUUCCAAGUCAGACCGAGCAGAAAGUGAAAAACGUCAGCCAGUGAUUGCUUGGUCCUCUCGCUCUAUCAAGUGUGUAGUGUGUCUUCGAAAGUUUGUAAAGCCUACUGCUGCUGCUGUAUAUACUGAUAUCGCUUCCAAGGCAGGCGUUUGGUGGUGUACAUGUUGAAUGCUUGACGAGAAACAUUCUUGUGUGUAGUUAAGAGGUCACGCUGUUGUUGUUGUUGUUGACAUUCAAGCAGACAUUUUGUUUUCUUC